ACACACCCAAGUAAGAAUGCUCGCAAUCAACUGCUAUCUGCAUACAGGGCCAAGCAGUAGUGACCUUCUUUGAACCAACCAACAUCUCAGAAGCAAAUGUGAAAUACUGCUCUGCCACGCAUCCACAUAGAGCAUACGGUAAAUCUUUCCAGUAAUGAAUAUCUAAAGAUAGCCUGUAACACUCCUAUGAGUGUGUCUUGAUAAGAGUCAAUAUUAUUCGCCUCUUGCCAACCGUGUCACAAAGAGCGUCGUGGUGCUUAUAAAGCCCUGUUUCAUCAUGCAAGGGAUGGUUAACUCGGCGGCACAGCCAUAUUUUGCACUCUUAACAUACGCCGGUAUAGAUACGAUACCCUAGUAACCUAGUGCCAUGGAAUGUGACGCAUCAGUGAAUGGAACGUAUGAGGUUGGUGUCACAGCAGACUGUACAUCGAUGAAUAUAAAGAUGCCUCCCUUCACUCCGACGCAGUCCACUCAACCUCAUUCGUGCCUAUAUCUCACAAACGACCAAGCCCUGGUAAUACUUUGCCUCGACAACUUCACCAUGCGCAUUCUCAAACUGGUCAUAGUGGCCAUGGUCGCCAUCCUCACACCUCCGAUCUCAGCAACUCCACUCCCCACUACGCAAGAUCAAUACCUACCGCACCGCGCUCGUGACACAUGCCCUUCGACAGGUGGCAAUGCCAUCGCUGUCAAAAUCUGUACCGAACGCGCCUUCGCUGGAUCUUGCCAUUACCACAAUCCAGGUCCCGAGGGGGACUCGCGGUGCUACAGCGUGACACAGGCUAGCAAGUUCCCUAUCGAACUCACUGGCAAAGGCAACGUACAGUCGAUCGAGCCAGACCCACAGACAUUGUGUAUCGUAUAUCGUGGGGAAGGAUGUGGAGAGGACGACGCAGUCAAGGCGCAAUAUGAGGCGAAAGGAAUCGUGGUUGAUGGGAACAUGAUGUGUCCGGGACGGGCUGAUAUCAGAGAAGAGGAUUUGAAUGCUAUCAGUUUUAGAUGUACAGGAACGGCGGGCAGGGCAGAAGGAGAGACCAAGGAUUGGUUGAGAAAGUGGAACCCCACUCAGUAGAAGUGACUGAUGAGCUUGAGGAGGGCAAAGAUGGG